CUUAUUCUCCAGUCGGAGUUUCACGCCGAGGACUUCCGCGCUGACGGACUGGAAUGACAUAAUGGUAAACAGAAUAAGAGAACGACCCAGAUGCUUUCUGCCAGCUGACCUCAUAACCACCUGACAACCGAAAGCAGAGCAUUGAUUUCAGUGUCAGCAUAGCGAAUUUCUAAUCAGGCAUCUUUGUGUGUUCACGGAAGAAAGACGCAAACUUUCAGAACUGGAAAAGGAAAAGCGAAAGACAUCUUCAGUCGGACUUCUAGCAACUAUUUGAGAAAAUCUCAGACAUCCUGAAGAUGGUUCUUCUAUUCAUACCUGACUCUCAUGUCCGGAAGACUCCGUUAUGUCCUUGUAAAUGCUAGUUUUGCUUAGUGGUCAUGAUUGCAGGGCUUUUGUUACUGUUCUGGAAAACUCUCUUGCUACAAGAUUAGUUACUCAGGGGAAGUGCCGUCCUUUCACAGCCAUGGAGGGCCUUGAGCAGCUUGAUGUGGUGGGUGAUAUCAGCCCAGCUCUGGAAGCAACCGAGGACUUCAUCCACUCCAUGGCUGGGAUCCAGGGUCAAGGCCCGAGCCUCGCUCAAUCGAGCAACCGCCAGCCUGCGAGGACGCCCAAGCAGCUGCAGGACAUGUCCAGCGCCGCUCUGGGCAAACUGAGCUCCAGUGGCGUUUGGAACCUGCUGGCCGGAGAGCAGCCGGAGGUGGGGCCCCUCGGCCUGGCCUGGGCCGACAACUUCAGCGUUCUGGGCCUGGGGAUGGGCUUGAGGCAUGGGAAGAGGAGCCGGGCACGCUCCACCAACGACCUGGUGGCCCACAUGCAAGAGUGCGCCAACAACGCCGGAAACGCCUCGUCGAAGUCGGUGUUUAAGAAAGGACACAAUCGGUCCAGGUCGGACGUCAACUACCGUCCGUCCACGUACACGGACAACGGGCUGCCCGCGGUGGACUGCGACACGCUGAAGAACAUGAUCCUCAACCAGCAGCAGGACGUUGACAAGAGCAGCAGCAGCAGCAGCGUGGUGAAGCAGGGCGAGAUGGAGCAGCGCGAAGGCCCACGGGGCCGUUGGACAUCCUGCUACGUUGAGCUGACUCCCUGUGAGCUGCGGCUCUAUACUCUGGACAGCAGUGCCAAUCGCCAACUGGGCACUGCCUACUCUCUGUCGCACUGCCAGAGCGUCAUCGCCCCGGCACCCUGCAGCCAGUCCAGUCAGAUGAGCCAGCCUGGCGACAAGCGCACACUCCAGGCCUUGUUCUUCAACAGCACACGUCUCCAGCUGAGGGCGGCCAACCAGUGGGAGGCGAUGGAGUGGCGGCGGCUGAUGUGGGAGAAGGUUCAGGCAGCGAGGCCCGCGCGGCAGGACAACCGCAAGCAUAAGAACAGCGUGGAGAUUCAGCAGAAGUUUCCCGUACCAAUGUCUCCGUCCUCGUCGCCCUCUCCCUCUGGGCUCGACACCCGACCCGACGGGGAUAGCGACACCCCAACUUCAUCCGAGUCGUCGCUUUCUGUGAACUCUGGAGUGUUGAGUCGGCCAACCACCCUCCCUCUGUUUAACCAGCGCUUCCAGGAUGUGCUGAAAGCUGGACUUCUCCACCUGCUGAUGGAUCAGAACAACUGGAGGGCCUUCACCUUCGUCUUGACGAGAUCUGCUCUCCAAGCUUUUCCGACUGAAGGCAGGGGGUCCGUGUCCCAACCGGUCCUCCAGUUCUCCCUAGCUUCCUGCUCGUCAGUACAACAGGAUCUCAUACCAGAGGCCGGAGAGUCGUGGGCGGAUAAAUGGCAGUGUUUCCAGGCCGCUUUCCCCAAACAGAUCCUCAAGCUCAAGGCGGAUGAUCACCUGAAAGCCCAGGAAUGGGUGGAGGCGCUGCGGCAGGCGGUGGCCACGCAGAAGCCCAUGCAAGAGGACAAGAGAGAAUCAGACGGACCUCCUGGUCUCCAAGGAGUGUUGUUGAGGUCCAAACCAUCAAGGGACAGGAGGCAGAGGGAGGCCCAGAGAGCCAAGCGGCAGUCCGUCACCACCAGUUUCCUCAGUAUCCUCACCUGCCUGGCUGUGGAGAAGGGGCUCACCGCUCAGAGCUUUAGGUGUGCAGGCUGUCAGCGUCCGGUCGGCCUGUCCAAAGGAAAGGCCAAAGUUUGCUACUACAGCGGCUGGUACUACUGCCAGAGCUGCCAUCAGGACAACUCCUUCCUCAUCCCCGCGCGGCUGCUGCACAACUGGGACACCAGUAAACACAAGGUGUCCAAACAGGCCAAGGAGUUCCUGGAGUUUGUGUACGAGGAGCCGCUGCUGGACAUCCAGCAGCUCAACCCCUGCCUGUACGAACACUGUGAAGCGUUGAGCUCGGUGCUGCGCCUCCGUCAGCAGCUCCAGUCGCUCAGGGCCUACCUGUUCAGCUGCAGGGCGACGGUCGCCGAAGACCUGAGGCGACGGAUUUUUCCCAGGGAAUACCUUCUACAGCACAUCCACCUGUACUCUCUGGCCGACCUGCAGCAGGUGAUCGACGGGAAACUGGCCCCCUUCCUGUCCAAGGUGAUCAAAUUCGCCAGCUCCCACGUGUUCGGCUGCAGCCUGUGUCGAGAGAAGGGCUUCAUCUGCGAGCUGUGCCAGAACGGACAGGUCAUCUAUCCCUUUCAGGAGAACGUCACGCGAAGGUGUGACGGGUGCGGCGCCGUUUUCCACGCAGAGUGUCGACAGAAAGCCCAGCCGUGUCCCCGCUGCGUCCGCAGAGAGCUCCACCACAAGCGGCCGUCGUCCUUCUGGUCGCCCGACGACGACAGCCCCGGCUGCUUUCACCUGCCGUACCAAGACACCUGAGGUCCGCCGCCGCGAGCACAGAGGCCAGGAGCAAACGGGCCGGCAUGCAGCCACCACACGGGACAAAGGGCCUGAGUUUUGUUUAGUUUAGUUUUUUUUUUUAUUCCUGCAUCUGCAGGUUGGAGCUCGCUGCAGCUUUUUGACCACAGGACAGAUGCAGCUGCGGAGCUUACUGCGUCGUUCUGUACGGAAGGAGAAAAGAACCAAAUGCUGCGUAAGGCUCUGCAGGCCUGAGUUCUCGUUGCUCUCUAGUCACAUUCUCUGCUCCGCGUCUUCACUUACCUCCCGCUCCAGGUUAAACACAACAAAUCGAUGAAACCUGGCCGCUUGUCGUAACCUCUUAGAGACGAAACCGUUAGUCAGCACACAGGACGACGAAGCAAAACCCUCUGCUUGUCUUUUCCCGACAUGAGGAGCCUGCUGAUGCUUUUUGAUUAUUAUUUUUUUUCAUCCUAGAUUAAAAAAUAACAGAGAAAAAUGGAUUAAUCUAUCAUGGAUUAAAAAGAGAAACAAAAUAUAUCUGCUCUUAAGUGCUAUAAGACUUCAGAGAAUAUUGUUGCACUCUGUAGCCUCUAAAUUACGCAGAGAAUUAGCCAUUAGAAAUCGUAGUGGGGGAGUUGUGUCUGUCUUGAAGCAAUACUCCGGUGCUUUUAGGUACCAUGAAGGUUGACUGGCAGUAAUCUUCUUCCUCCUCGUUCCCACUGUUAAACGGGUCAUAAGCUGUCCUGAAAAAGUAUGAAGUAUGGUGUGGAAAAAGUCUUUUUUUGUUUUUUGUUGUUUUUUUUUUACAUUGAGUUCUACUUAAAAUAGAGUUUAUCUUUUGAUAAACUUGUGUUUUUGUCAAUUUUUGAAUUUAUUCUAUUUUAAAUAUCCCAUUUUCCUUUGUGAAUUACCAACAGGAUCCCAUAGAUGAAAGUAAACUCAUUCAGAAAUGCAGAAUUUAUUCUUACGGCCACCAGACAAGGCUCACACAUGGUCCUGUGGACCUUUAACAAUCACUAAAACCUAUUUGUUUUUUAAUUUCUACAAAGAAUAGACAUUCAACUUUUAACAAGACUAAGUUGGUCAAGUUGCUAAGAAACGGAGCGACGUUACCUUUAGCACACUGUGUUUUGUGCACAAAUGUCCAGAAUGUCAUAGAAGCUGCAGGAAAAAUAAGGAGAUGUUUGGCCAAGAACAGAAUUUCUCUAGAAAUCUUGUUUUCACAAAAAAAAAAAAAGCAUUUUACACUUAUGGCAGAAAAAAAGCACAGUCUAUGUUUCAUCUUAGACGGUUUGUUUCCAAUAUUACAUUUCAACUUAGACAUUCAUUGACUAGAAUGUUGUGGCUGAUUCCUUAACUUUAGUUUUCAUUCUAAAUGUUUCUUCCAGCCCUUGAUUAGCCUGGUUAGCUGAGCUAGCUUCACCAUAAAACACGAGUUUCUCUAUGUAGAUGGUAGUAAAUGCUGAUCUCUUCCUUCGCUCUGAGCCAAAAUGCUGUCAACAUUUCUUACUCCACGACAAGUAGAGGAAUUUUGCCGUAACAUAUUCAUCCUUCCUGUUAUCUGCUGAAAGUAUCGCUCUCUCUCGCAGCCUGAAUUGAAAGCAGAUGUGUGUCGACUUGUUUUUGAAAAGUGCAGUUUGCUUUUCAACAGCUUAAGUUAGCAACCUGGACUCACUGAUUUUGGGAAAAAAAAUAAAUACAUUUUUGAWAUUUUUGAGUCGUCGUUGAAGGCUCAUUGAUCUGAAAAUUGUUUGAGUCCGAUCUCCGGCUGAUUUGUCGACCCACGUCUACACUUAAUUUUUUAAUAAGUCAAAGUUUAAAAACAAAACACUGUGUUCAUAAAACAAUGUUCAGAAAAUGUCCCUGGCUGAUGAUUUCUGGCUGAACUGAAACUUCGUUAAAAAUGACCGGAGAACAGAAUUUAAUUAUUUUCUAAUUCAAAAAAUGUACAUCAGACUUCUAAAAAUGUGUCCUUUAGGUGUCUUAAACCUGCAAAGCAACUUAAAUGAAUUUCUGAAAUGUCUUUGUUAAAGACCUUUAUUUAUGGACUUAAAUCGUUUCGACUUAAUCUCAUUUGAAAAUCUUAUUUUUUUCUUUUUGACAACAAAAUUUGAUGAAUCUGCAACCUUAAAUAAUUAAAACGGAAACUGAUCGAUUCUUUAGUCAGUAAGAGGUGUACGUAUUUAAAAACAAAUUAAGGAACUUUUUUUUUUUCUCAAGGAGAAGCUGGGAGAAAUCAACCAUAAUGUUUAUAUAAAUUAACUAAAUGAUUAAUAAUUGUCACACAUGCAGGUGACAGUAAACAGAUUUGGGCCUUUAUUGAAUCUUCCUGAUUUAUUGCUUAGAUUUUUAACCAAAUAUGCAAAAGCACGACGACUUGUUUAUAAAAUCCACUGCCGUUGCUUUUCGUCCCGACUGGAAGAUAAAAAUGUCAAAAAUUUACUAGCCCUCCUCUCACAGCUGCCUCCGCCUUCCCUCUUCCUCCUCUGUGAUUCUACUUCCUGUUGUGCUUUGCUCAUGCGUAGCCUCUCAGACCUGACAGCAGCUUUAGCUUUUAGCAUCUCUAUGCAACCUGGACGGCCUUUUAUUCCCCACCUUCUCCUUUUUCCACAUAACCCAGGAGCUGUGACUCAUCCGGUUUGUGACCCAGAUUUUGGUGAAAACUUGAGUAAUUCACGGUCAGAUUUCUUUUUAACACCGCAUUUCUUUUGGUCGAUUAAUUCCCUGACGAUGGAAAAACAUUAUUUUAACGACCCAGCUCCGGUCAGAAAGGCAGGAAACGACGUCGGAUAAAAAUCCACAACUUGUAGGAAGAGAUGGCUGGACUUCUGCUGCUCUCAGACUGAAACAAAUAAAAACUUAGCUGCUGCUACGACUGCUCUACUGAGACGUUAGUGCUGUUCUCUCUGCCGUUGUUUCGUCUUGUUUCAUUUGAGCCAUAGAAACUUGUCAGCUCGAAGCUCGCUAAUGUGAAAAUCCUUUUUUUUUUUUUUUUUUUUGAGGGGACGCUGCGCGUUUUGCCAUUUCGUAUCUUUGAAGUUUUUUUGUCACUUCCAACCCGACUUGCUUUGUUCCAACUCCGGCAACCGAUAUUAGGAUCUUUUUCAUGAUUCCAGUGAAAAAUAAUUACCUGAAAGAAGUCGCUUUAUUAGUUUAGUUUGAUCAUGAAUUCAUUAUCGGCCGUAUUUUAUUAGUCAUUUGGCCCAAAUGAGGGAAACUGAUGGAAUAGUGGGGAGUACAAGAUUUUAUAAAAGCUAGAAAUAGUUGAGUUAUACCUCAGAUUUAUGGAUUUAUUGAUAGAUGAUCACUGUAGUCCAUGACAGGAAAUCCCUGCAAUGAUUAAUAAACUGCUGUCCUGAAGGUUUGGGACGUAGACUUGAAAUUGUGGGUUGCCAGGUGCAAAAUGACAAAGAAUAACUACAAGAUGGCCGACAUGCUUAUUUUUCCUUAAGUUUGAUGCAUUUAAUUUUUUAUUCUUUGGUUUAUUUGUUGUUUUGAUUUUGAAAAUAAAGUGUUUCAUUGUUCCUCGCUGAAUGUUCAUGCUGCAAAAGUAAAAAUCUUGUUUAGUUUUGUUUGUUUUGACUGCAUUGUUCCUUUAAGUUGUGUUAAUUAUUAGUGCUUGGCUGCCUGACGGGUUUCAGGGAAGCUGAUUGUGUGUGUGUGUGUGUGUGUGUGCGCGCGUGCGUGUGCGUGCGUGUGUGUGUGUGUAUUUACACCAGUUGAACGCAGCAUUAACACGAAGCCAUCUGCACCAAACUCCAGUCUUACUUCUGCUCAUUAUUCACAACAUCAUGGACAUCAUCGUCAGUAUUCCAGUGAAAUGCGUCCAGAGGACGUUCAUGUUGCAUUUAAAUCGUUUCAGUUUUAUCCAGAACAAACGGGCUUUCUUUAAAUGACCAGGGUGUGUUUUUUUUGUUUUUUWUCUGGGUUUUUUUGGUCUCAGUGGAACCUCAGAUGGACGGAGUUCAUUUGUUGCAAACUAAUCCUGUGUCUUUCGCAGGACGGUGCAGGUUUGCCUCCACGCUUUGCCUCUGUGCAGCUAAAGUUGUGCAUCAGAUCACUUUAUAAGUUAUUUCAUUUGUAUUUGUUGGCACAUUUUUUGUGUUUUUCUUAAACUUGCGUUUGCUCGAUAGCCUGUUUAACGGGAAAUUGCAUUUGAUUUCAGUUGUUAUGGCUAAAAACUAGAUUUUCAGUUUGCAGCUGAAGAUGCUCUUCAUGUUUCAUUGUUACAAAAUAUAUGACACAGUAUUUAAGAACAGUAGAUGGACUGGACCUCUGAAGCUUUUUUUUAGGUGAUUAUUGUUUUUGUUUUGUUUUGUUUCUGCAGCCAAACUCUUAUGCAAGCACAAGGAGUUGUUUUUCGAUCAGAGCAGCUCGUCCUCAUGUCUGGUUCUGUAUGAAUUGAUCCACUGAUGCCAAUAAAAACAAACUUAUUAAUAGCA